GAAGUGUCACCAAGUUAUUUUGUAAUAAAGAUGGCAAGGAACUGGUAUCUCACUGUUUUAGUGCUUGCUGGGAUUGGGUCCUGCUGGUCUCAGUCAAAGACUACGGUUAGCGACCCAUGCUCUAAGUUAACAUGCUAUAACGGAGGAACAUGUGUUCGGCGUUGGGAAAGUUACGCAACCUGUGUCUGUAAGGGCGGUUACACCGGUACAUACUGUCAAUACUGGGUGCCUACCACGACUCCGUCAGCCAGGAGGACAACGUAUCCGAACUAUUGUGCAGGCGUCAAGUGUCAAAAUGGCGGGUCCUGUAUGAACAGUGACAGCGGAUUCUGGUAUUGCGUGUGCCAACCAUUCACUAGUGGAAAGUACUGCGAAUAUAAAAUGGACAAACCCAAAGAGACGACAGUGGCGACGCUGUCCCCGGCGAUCUGUGGCGGUAUUCAGUGUAAAAACGGGGGCUCAUGUCAAGUGACAGACUCGGGAUAUGCCUAUUGCAUAUGUCAGAUACCUUAUAACGGGAGAUUGUGUGAAAAUAAAGCCUCGACCAACUACGCAGAGGCGACGACCUGGAGUACGGCACCCACCAAAUAUCCCAACUACUGUGCCUCUAUCUGGUGUCAGAAUGGGGGCACGUGUUUUAACAGUGAUAGCGGAUACGGAUACUGUGUUUGUCAACCUUCGACCACAGGGAAAUACUGUGAAUAUUAUUAUGGACCCGAUGGUCAAAAGACAACAACUGUGGCGUCUUUUUACAAAUCCACACCAGGAUAUGACCCAUGUGUAUCAAAUCCGUGUCUGAAUGGGGGAACCUGUAGAACCAACUCGUACGGCUACUCAGAUUACUACUGUGCUUGUCCCUCGUACGCCAGCGGACGGAGGUGUCAGCUUUCAAGUGUCCAAGAGCCGCCAUGCAAGUUGCGGUACAUUGAUCUCAAGUGGGACGACUUGGACAAGUUUGAGAACGUCACAGAAACCAUGUGCCAGCAGUACUGUUCUGCAGACGGUCGCUGCCAAUAUUGGACUUACCACCACUAUUGGAAUGUAUGCUGGACUAAGAGCUCAAGCAAUCAAAAUUCAGAACUUCCGGGACGCAUAGAAAAUAAUUGGUCCGUGGAUUCUGGAUUCAAAAAAUGCCCUGGCGACUGUGAGUUCAGAGACACAGACUUUCCUGGCAAUGAUUUGGACAUUAUGGGCGUACCCGUAGAUUACGCGAGUUACUCAUUAGGUAACGAAGAAUGUCAAAGACUCUGUGCCGAGACUGCCGAGUGCCAAUUUUGGAGUCUUUCCUACGUCUCUGGAAGUCGAAGAUGCUUUAGAAAGCGCUCUGCUACUGGUUUGCCUAGCCGUGUCACGGACAAACCAGGAACCAACUCUGGUUUUAAAAGAUGUCCCAACGGUUUUCACAGUUUGUCACAGAAUGAUGGUUGGGGCCUACACUAUGGCAAAUAGGUCGUCCAUAUCAGAAUUAUGACGUCAUUCCCUGAUCCAAACGCCUCGUGUCCCACCAUCACAAGUUAAUAUGUAAUAUUUCUGUUACUAUUUUGGACGUGGAUUUAAAAACAGCGUGUUUUGUAUGCCGAGAAUUUCUUCUUAAUGUAGUGUUUGUGUCUCAAAUGGUAUUACGGUCAAAAUUAAUUGAACCGAUCUUAUUUACUAAACAGGGACAUUAAAUGGCUGAUUCAAUCGA